AUUUCCUCAAACAUAAUCCAAACUUUGCAUCUCUUGUAAACAUUUCCCUGUUUUGUACAAGCACAUGCUGGGUCCAGAGUGAAGAAACAUGAAGUAGAUUCACCGUCUGUUCUCCCCACUGGACACAAACAUGGACACUACGGAUGAUCACUGCAUGGAGGAUGUGAAGAAAGAAAGAGAGGUGGAUAAUGACUUUUCUGCCAGACUAUCAGAUGAGACGCACCAGCAUCUGUCGAUCAGUGAAGGGCCUUCCAGCAGUUGCAAGAGGGUCAGAGUGAAAUCCAGACCCAAGCUCCUGUCAACAAAAAGUUUCCCCCCUUACAGUCAGUGUAUAGGUGGACUCGGAGAGGACAGAGACUGGGACAAUGAGCUUGAUUCAGAGUCACACAUUGAUCACCAGCCCUAUCUCAGACAUGAAGAGGCUCAAGGCACAGAAAGACGAGAAGACAUAGAGCUAGUUCCGACUUGUGCAAGUGAUGAACUGAGGGCAAAAUGGAGGAUGAGGAGGAAGGAGAGGCUGGGGGGCAGCUAUGACAUUGAUGCAGAAGGAUGGGCGAGAGGAAGAUGGAGCGGGAAAAGAAGAGUGGAGGAGACUGCAAUAGAGAGGGAGCGUGAUGACCAGGAGAGGGAAGGCGAAGGGAAACACUGGAGACGUAGAAACCCAAACGCUGAGACAGAGAGAAAUGAAGAAGAGGAUAAAGAGAGGAACAGCUCUGUUGUUUCCGAAAUAGAGGGAGAGAGCGAAUGGAGUGGAGAGACCCUAGGAGAGCAUAGUGAGGAGCUUAUGGAGCUGCCAGAAUUGAGAGAGGGCUCCACAUCACAUCAGCGGUCCACACCACAUCCGAUCCUCUCCAAGCUUUUGCAAUCUUCCUCCUCCACCUCCUCCUGUGCCUCCAUCAACUUCUCCUCGGCAGAGAGCGAUGACGUCUUCACUGAAGGAGAGGAUGCUGGCUCCAAGAGGAAGGCAUUCAGGAAGUGUCGUUCCUGGAAAACCUACCUGACCAUGAUGCACUGGUCGCUGCGGCGACAGAGUUCCUGGGUCCAGCUGGCCGGACACCAAGAAUAG